AUGUUUCCUCAAAGUUUUGUGUUUCUAUUUGUCUUUCUGGUGGUUUUCUAUGAUUCAGAAGCUCAAAAAGUGGAUAUAGAUAGGUACCAGGUAUAUCAUCAAAAACUUACUUGGAGGGAUGCAGCUAAGUUUUGCAAAGCAAGAGACAGCAAAUUAGCUGAAAUACUGACAUAUGAACAGCAAAAAGACUUGAGGACUUACAUUAGGCAACAUCAUUUUCUGCCAAAGGAUACAGAGUCUGGUUACUGGUUAGGAGGCAGAUUAAAAGACAGAUUUUGGCGUUGGGACGCUACUGGUGAAAACCCUAGGGCCAUAAACCAUUUUAUGGCCGGAUGGCAUUAUGGUGAACCCGAUAGAAAAUUCAAAGAUGAUGUACCUCAAGAAUGCAUGGAAUUACAGUACAGAGCGGAUUCAGAGUUUACGCAGGCGCUUUCUUGGAACGACAUAUGGUGUGACGAGCUUCGAAAUGUAAUUUGUGAAUCUUGGAAUCAUAAUCCAGCACCGAAUUAA